CGGGGGUGGCAGCUGCGCUCCCCGGCCCGGGGGGGGGGGGCGAGCGAUCCCAUUCCCCGGCCCCGCCCCCUGCCCAGCCCCGCUCCGUCCCCUAUUUAACCGCGGCUGGCCGCCCCGCCGGGGUCUCACUUUCCCCGCCUGCUCCCGUCCGGUCCCCGCGGCGCGCCAUGGAGCGCGGCGUGCUGCUGCUGGCGCUGGCCUGGGCUCUGGGGGUGACCGUGUCCGGGGCAGCCAAGAGCCCCUACCAGCAGGUCCUGCAACACAGCCGGCUGCGCGGCCGGCAGCACGGCCCUAAUGUGUGUGCUGUGCAGAAGCUUCUUGGAACAAACAGGAAAUACUACACAAACUGCAAACAGUGGUACCAGAGAAAAGUCUGUGGAAAAUCAACAGUGAUCAGCUACGAGUGCUGCCCUGGAUAUGAAAAGGUACCUGGAGAAAAAGGCUGCCCAGCUGCAUUGCCACUUUCAAACCUCUACGAUACCCUGGGGAUUGUUGGAGCCUCCACCACACAACUGUACUCCGACAGCUCUAACCUGAGACCAGAAAUUGAAGGACCUGGAAGUUUUACAAUCUUUGCCCCAAACAAUGAGGCCUGGGCUGCUUUGCCUGCUGAAAUGUUGGAUUCAUUGGUCAGUAACGUUAACAUCGAACUGCUAAAUGCUCUUCGCUACCAUAUGGUGAACAGACGGGUCCUAACAGAUGAGCUGAAACAUGGAACGUCCCUUCCUUCAAUGUAUCAGAAUAUUGAUAUUCAGAUCCACCACUAUCCUAACGGAAUUGUGACCGUGAACUGUGCCAGACUUUUGAAAGCAGACCAUCAUGCCACCAAUGGAGUGGUCCAUCUGAUAGAUAAAGUCAUCGCCACCACAACGAACAGUAUUCAGCAAAUCGUUGAGACCAAUGAAAAUCUUGAAACUCUUCGGGCUGCUGUGGCUGCGUCUGGUCUUAAUACCUUGUUAGAAAGUGAUGGCCAAUUCACACUCUUGGCUCCAACUAAUGAAGCCUUUGAGAAGAUCCCACAAGAAACACUGAACAGGAUCCUUGGGGACCCGGAAGCUCUCAAAGACCUGUUAAAUCAUCACAUAUUGAAAUCAGCCAUGUGUGCUGAGGCCAUUAUUGCCGGCUUGUCAAUGGAGACGCUGGAAGGUACCAUGUUGGAAGUAGGCUGUACUGGUGAUGAACUCACCCUGAAUGGAAGGCCUAUCAUUGCUGAAAAGGAUGUCCUAGCUGUUAAUGGUGUAGUACAUUUUGUUAAUGAGCUGCUGAUUCCAGACUCAGCUAAAACUUUGUUCGAGUUAGGUAAAGAAUCUGAUGUUUCAACAUCUAUUGACCUUUUUAGACAAGCUGAUCUCAGCUCUCAUCUCAGUGGAAAUGAGCGUGUGACGCUUCUUGCCCCAGUAAACAUUGUGUUCAAAGAUGGGACUCCUCCUAUGAACCGGAACACAAAGAAUUUGCUUCUAGAUCACAUUCUUAAAGAACAGCUUUCUUCUAAAUAUCUUUACCAUGGACAGAAGCUAGAAACUCUGGGUGGCAAAGAACUGAGAGUUUUUGUAUACCGCAAUAACCUCUGCAUUGAAAACGUCUGUAUUGCUGCCCAUGACAGGAGAGGAAGGUUUGGCACCUUGUUUACAGUGGAUAAAAUGCUGACUCCACCAGUAGGAACAGUCAUGGAUGUUCUAAAGGCAGACCAACGUUUCAGUACGUUGGUGGCUGCCAUCCAAUCAGCAGGUCUAAUGGAGACAUUAAAUAGGCCAGGUACCUUCACGGUGUUUGCUCCAACAAACGAAGCUUUCCGAGCUAUGCCACAAGGGGAACUGAACAAACUUAUGGGUAAUGCUAAAGAACUUGCUACUAUUCUGAAGUACCAUAUUGGGGAUGAAAUCUUGGUCAGUGGAGCAGUUGGAGCUCUUGUGAGAUUGAAGUCUCUGCAGGGUGAUAAAAUUGAAGUUAGCACUAAAAACAAUGUAGUAAAUGUCAACAAGGAACCUGUUGCCGAAACUGAUAUCAUGGCCACUAAUGGUGUGAUUCAUGCUGUGAAUGCUGUCUUACAACCUCCAGCUUUUAGGCCUCAAGAAAGAGGAGAUGAGCCUGCAGAUCCUGCACUAGAAAUCUUCAAACAGGCAUCUGCAUUAUCCAAGGUUUCCCUGAGGAGUGCUCGGCUAGCACCUGUAUAUUCCAGGUUAUUAGCAAGGAUGAAACAAUAAAGUGAAGAACAUUCAGCAGAACAAUCAGCUUUUGCUGUCAUUUUAAGGAAAGGACAGAAUUGUUUUUAAAAACCAAAUAUCACACUUAAGUUUAUUUUGUUUCCACUCAAAUGGAUAGGAGAAAAAAGCCAUAUUUUUAAACCAUUUUUGCUUUUUUGACCUUUAGGGGCUGUACAUUAAGGCGAAUGCUUUUCAGAAGUAAUCCCUGAUUCUGGAUGCUUCAAGUUUAGGUACUUGCUCUUGCACUUUUGAAAAGUAAGGCCCACAACUGCCACAGAUCAAGUGCUGAUUACAGUUUUGGUUGAGGAAAGAACUUAAGCAAGUACUUGGGUCCGUCCCUGUUCAGGACAGCACUAGUUAAGGGCUAUCCUGAACAGGGACACUUUCCUGAAUCAAGACUGAUCUUCAGCUCUGACUUCAACUGCAUUUGUGGAUUCUAAGCACCUCUGAAAAAUCAAGAUCUAAAGUGUAUGGUCUCAAUUUGUGCAAAAAAUAAAAAGCAUCCAAGUGUCACCUUUUCAAAAACAUUCACCUAAUGACUGGGCCAUAAUUGUACGUGAUCACCUUUCAAGUAAAUGAUCACAUAGGUGCCAACCUUACAGUUGGUUACACAGGGAUUAUUUUAAAGAUCAUCCUUUUAUUGAACUCACUAAAUGUUUUCCAAGCAAUACUGUGUUUUAAACCAAAGAAUACAUCUUUUCUUUCUCUUCACCCCUCCCUCCCUAGUCUGUGUUUUGAAAGUCUUCCAUGGAAGUCUGAGUUUGAGGUUUUGUUUGUUUUUGUUUUCUUUUAAAAACCUUCUGUUAGGGAAUUUGCAUGAUAUAAACUGCAGUGUGAACUGUUCUAGUUUUGUUUGGUUUUGUUUAUGCAUAUGGAUUUGACUUUGCUGUCUCGGUUCACAAGAAGACUGAAAAUACAUCAUAUCUGUAAUGAGACUUCUCCUUCUCAGAAACCUUCAAAUGAUUCAUUUGUAAUAACUGUUGGUUUUAAAAAAAAAACAAUAAAAUCAAAAAUGUAU